GGUGGUCUGGUUCACAUUUAAAACCACAUGUUGCUGUGUGUGUGCAUGAGGAGCGAAUGAGGAGCGAAUGAGGAGCUUUGCGCAGUUGCAGCUUGAAUGGGAUGGGACGGGACGUAUAUUCCACCCUGCCUGUCUGCCACCAGCGCGCACGUGGCUGCAGACUGGAAGAUCUGAGCUCCAUACUGGAUUGUUUUGUCUCCUACACACGCACACACGCAUGAACAUUUACUCGCUAUGCAACGGUGAUAUCGAAUAUAGAAGGCCGGGGGUGCCAUCUCCAAACACCCAUGCCAUAUCCAGCCUGCAUUCCUGUUGAAUCGUUGAAGCAAAAGAGGAAAGGAAGGGAUUUCUCCUCCGACAGAGGAAGAUUCAAAGCACUCCCAGAUGUGUGUGGCUUGUUUUUUUACUUCAGCUUUAUUAAGAAAGGAAACUCCAUUUGGCUCUUGAGGUGUCUACUCUCUCAGUGACAACUCUUCUCUUCUGAUCAGUGGAACCAUCUGACUUGUCCGUGUGUAUGUGUGAAACAGAGUAAGAGUGACCUUGAGUGAGUGUGUGUGUGUGUGUGUGUGGUCUUGGAAAACUUCUUAAGGAACAUUCUGUGUUCCCUUGAUGUGUAAGAGGACUGGCUCUUCAUAGUAAACUGUCUGUAGAUUGGACCCCAGAGAACAGGAAACGUACAACAUGCGGACUCUGCUUUCCAUUUGGCUUCACGUGCUGCUGCUUGCGUAUGUCAGACUACUGCUGCUAGCGACAGAUGUCCUGGCUUCGAUCAGAGACAUAAACCAGGAGAAGUGGGAGAAGGACAUCAGGUCAGCUGCUAGCCUGGACGAGCUGCUCAUGCUGACUGACUUCCCAGACUGGAAGCUGUGGAGGUGUCGUCUAAAGCUGAAACACAUUGACUCGGCCUCGUUCCCAGAAUUCCGUUCGGCCUCAGUGGGAUCACACAGAUUCACACGCUUUGCUGCCAACUCUUACAGUCUGGAGGUACUCAAAGCCAUUGAUGAAGAGUGGCAGAAAACACAGUGCAUGCCCCGGGAGACGUGUGUGGAUGUGGCUCAGGAGUUCGGCACUAGCAAUGACAUGUUCUUCAAGCCACCGUGUGUCUCCGUGUUCAGAUGUAGUGGCUGCUGCAACAAAGAGGGGGUCACAUGCCGCAACACUAGCACCACCUAUGUUGAUAAAAUACUUCUGAGUGUGGUGCCGUUUAAAUACGGGCCUGAGCCGAUGCUGAUCAGAGUAGCUAACCACACGGAGUGUAAAUGCCAGGAACCGCAGAUGAUUCGCAGACACGCUCUGCCCCACAGGAAGAGUGGGUGUUUUCCCAUUCGCCAGUCAGAAGACUCCAGACGUCUAUGUGACCGAGGGUUGAUAUGGGACUGUAUGGAGGAUCGGUGUGUACCUUAUCCCUUCAGCAAACAAGCAGAAUUUCCUUCCAAAACAAAGAAAGAGGAUUGUGAAAUUGAUGUUGAAAAAUGCGAAUGUAUUCCCAAAGAGGUGACAUCCACACGGAAAUAUCCUCCAUGUCUGUGUGCAUCCAGGAGGAGGCCGUUCAACCAUACGUCAUGCAGGUACUGCAAGAGAAAGUGAAAGCGUGCACACAAUGCAGGCAUGAAACCUCGGACAAUCUGCUUCUGCUGGAGCUGCAAACGAAGAUACAUUCUAAUUUAUUUACGUCCUUAUUUAAAACACUGCCUUAUGCACACGAGUACAACAUUUAACCCCACAUUUCACAUGACUGUGUUAAAUCACUUCACGUGUAAAAAAAGAAACAAUUCCAGUUUAAUCAUGAUAUGUAAAUAAUAUACUGGUUCCUGUGCACUGAAUACAGUAAAAUAUAAAAAUGUCUUACUAUAAAGAGUGGUAUGUUUGAAGUAAUUUCAUUCAAUGCAUGAGAAGCAUAUUGUGGACGUGCAUAUAGUACAGUAUAUGGUAUCUAAUAAUUGUGUACAUAUUUAAUUCAAUUCAAACUAUUGACCUUUUAAUACUGUAACCAUGGAGCAUUUUCAUAUUGAGUCGCACAAAAUGUGAUUUAGUCACAAAAUGCUUAUUUCGUAUAUUUUAUAUGUAUUGAGUGUGAUUCAGAAAAUGUUGAUAUUGAUUGUAAGACUAAGCCUUUGUGGAUUAUUAUAUUAUUUUAUCUUAUGAUGAUGGGAUCAAUGACCAUAGAAUACAAAUGAUAAUGUACAGACGUGGCCCGAUGAAAUGCGACAAAUAUUUUAUUGAUGUGACGCUAUAUUUAUAACUGUAGGAGUUACUGACCAGCAUUCGUCAGUGACAGAUGUGUAGAGGUUUUUCAUUUUAAUGUUGUUUCUUGCUUUACCAGUGGAUUUUUGAAGAAUAAAUCUCUUCUUGUACA